CUGGUACCUGGUCGACGGAAAGGGCGACACCGCGUCCGUCGGCACCGGGGACCGCCGUUCAUCGCACUGCGCGCCGAUAUGGACGCGCUCCCGCUGCAGGUACGCUAGCUCCCAUUGCCUCGAAUUUCUUCAGACUGUUUUCUUGUGUGUUCGUUUUGGACGCUAGCUCCCUGCUCGCUCUCGUCGUCGCCGUCGCGUUGGACGCUUCCCCAAGGAGCAGAGGCGGCGUAUGCAUGGCACGACGGUUAGCGGCCGCUACGACGUUCGCUCGAACGCGGAAGUCCCUGAGGAUUCACAACGUCGAACUCGUCUCUGACCUCACACUCCUCCCCAACACAAUGCGGAAGCCUCAGCUAUUCCCGAACUCGACAGGAUCCAGAUUAGUGGUAAAUGGCCCAAAGGAGUCAUCUGGGAAUAAGAACACGAAGUACCAUCCAUUACUAUUGCAGCCCUUUCCAAAACGCAGUGGAAAUGCUAAAGAUGAUUGGAGCCUUGAUGGAAAUGAGAACCUUAUAAUUGAGCUGCAAAAUUAAUCUGGAACGGUCCAUGGCAGCAGUUGAUCUGAGGGGCAGCUCAAGUGACAGGUAGGAGGGCUGGACGUCUGGUGAAUUGGUGAUCAGGAAUGGGAAGCAGGGAGAGAAGCCAAUACAGAGGGGAGAGGAUGUUGUUGGUUCGGAUUGAGGCUCUUGUUGAGCAGAUCCAAUGUAGGUUAGUGGGUGUAACCAGGUUGGGAGUAAGAGCAACAAUUUCCAAUAUUUAUAUAUCA